CUUUCAUGCAAACGAAACAUCUUCAUCAGGAUUAUACAAAAUACUCCGCAAGCAGACAUUAACAGAUACAGUUGAAAUAAAGUACCUUCUCUAAAACAUUUGGCAGAAUUCAGUACUUUGAGCUGUUGUCCCAAAUUGACAAAUGGCCAAAUGGCUUGACGUCGUCCUUACGUCGCCACCCGUCAGAAAUCCAUAUUGGGAAACAACCACCAUCAUUUAAGUGUUAUCAGCAAAGGAUCAAAACAACCCAAUUUGACAGGUCUAAAUAUAAACAGAUGAGCGAGGAUAAUCAUCUAGGACUAAUCACUAUCAUCAUCACUGGGUCUAUUAAUCGUUGACAUUGCUAAUCUAGGGACCGACGUCUAAACUCUUUUUACUCUUUCAGUCUCUACGGAGCUAUAUCACGAUGAAAUCCGUCCCAGAACUUGUCCGUUCUGCAGUCAAGGUGCUGCCAGAGAUUGAGCAUCCAUCAUUUGGAGCUCAAUUCGACAGCUUUGCCAACGCGCGAGUCGUCUUGAUCGGAGAUGGCAGCCACGGCACCUCAGAAUUCUAUCGUGCCCGAGCAGCCAUCACAAAGCGACUCAUCGAGCACCAUGGCUUCGACACGAUUGCCAUUGAAGCGGACUGGCCCGACGCAAAGUCCUUGGACCGGUACGUUCGACUCUCACCAUCCACAAAAUCCAAAGAACUACAGCCCAUAUUCAAACGAUUCCCGACCUGGAUGUGGCGCAACCAAGAAGUGCACGAAUUCCUCGAAUGGCUGCGCGGCCGCAACGCCAAACUCCCCGUCGAGCGACGCGCCGGCAUCUACGGGCUCGAUCUGUACAGCAUGGGCGAAUCCAUCCGCGCCGUGGUUGACUACCUGGAGCACGUCGACCCGGAAACCGCCAACGUCGCUCGCCGCCGCUACGGCUGUUUGGCGCCCUGGGUCGAGGACCCUGCCAAAUACGGCCGCGUCGCACUCAGCAAAGGGUUCGCACCAUGCGAGCAAUCCGUGCUCAAGAUGCUGCGCGACCUGCUGAAGCGGCGGCUCGAGUACGCGCAGACGGACGGGGAAGACUUUCUCGACGCCGAAAUGAACGCGCGCCUCGUGACCGACGCCGAGGAAUACUACCGCAGCAUGUACUAUGGCUCCGACGAGUCCUGGAACCUACGAGACACGCACAUGUUCGAGACCCUCGCGCGGCUCCUUCACCACCGUAAGGGAUCCAAGGCCGUCGUCUGGGCACACACCUCGCACGUCGGCGAUGCGCGGCACACGGGCAUGGGCAUGUCCCGCGGCGAACUGAACAUUGGCCAGCUCUGCCGCGAGCAGUUUGGGCCGGACCGCGUCCAGAUCAUCGGCUGCGGCACGCAUACGGGGACCGUCGCCGCGUCGCACGAAUGGGACGAACCCAUGCAAGUCAUGCGCGUCCGGCCCUCCAUGGACGGCAGCUAUGAGCGCAUCAUGCACGACGCUAAUGUCCCACGAUGCCUGCUCGACCUGCGGCGCGACAGGCUCGAUCCCAAACUCCAUCAGGCCCUCAUGCAGCCCCAGCUCGAACGCUUCAUUGGCGUCAUCUACCGCCCAGAUACCGAGCGCUGGAGCCACUACUCCAAGGCCAUCUUGCCCUUGCAGCUCGAUGCCUAUGUCUGGUUCGAUACCACUCGUGCCGUCGAGCCCUUUGAGACCGUCCAGCCGGUUGAGCCACUCUCUCAUGAGGAAACCUUUCCUUUUGGUCUCUAGUCUUUUUUCCCUUUUCUUUUCUAUCGUAGCUUUCGGUCUUCUUUUCUCUUUUCCUUUCGUAUCGUAGUUUACCUUUUAUUUUCUUCUCCUUUUCUAUCGUAAGUCUUCAUUCUCUGCCUCUUUGCUGU